AACUCUUAAAAAGUGUUCAAUGGCAGAUAUCGAGAUUCUCGAAAAUAAAAUCUUAAUUUUUACUGAUCACCUUGAUCAGUUAUGGAAUCAAGAUUUAAAGAUUUGAUGAAAUUAGAAAUUCCGGAUUGGAUUUUCGAUCCUUUCUCUUUUGAAGUUGUGGAUAAGCUCACUUCCUCUUUGUAGACUGAGAUUUUAGAUUUGAAGUAUGACUGUGAGGCUAAAGUCGUCUUUAAAAAAUACGGUUACGAGUUAGCUUGGGUAAAGCUUAUGGACACUUAUCCACAAUUGUGGAAACAAACUGAGCCGCUUCUCAUCUCGUUCCCGUCAACAUAUUUAGUGGAGAGAGGAUUUAGUUCUGUCUUCCAGCUGCUCACAAAGCAAAGAGAUAGGUUGUACAUUUGCUUCAAAGGAGAUCCGCCUUUAAAUCUGACGAGCAUUAAACCUGACACCAAGCACAGGGCACAGCUUUUUAAAUACGAAAGAAAAUGGAAAAAAGCUAUCCUAAUCCACCUGUAGUGAUUGUGUCGCAAUUACCUUUUGGAGAUACUCCAGUACAAGUAACUUGCCCUGUCUGCCAUACCACCGUUGUUACAACUACAACUUCAGAAAAUGGGGCAGCUGCUUGGAUCGCUGCUUUAAUAGUAUUAUUGAUUUGUUUUCCAUUCUUCUGGGUACCGCUGUGCAUCGACUCAUGUUCUGAUAUUCAUCACAAGUGUCCUAACUGCAAUGCACAUCUUGGUGUAUACAAAAAAAUAUAACGAAAACGGAACUUUAUCUACAUUUAUUCUUCCAUAACAAUCAAGAUCUUUUAUGUUAGAAACUAAAACUAUCAUGUUUCAUACUCGUAUGCUUGGAAAAAGAACAGGAAUUUACCACCAAUAGUGCAUUUUAAUAAUUAAUUUGCUAAAAAAAAGCAUUAUUCUUAGGAGGAAGAAAAAAUUGAAACGUUUCUAUCCCUAAAAUGUCUUUUCUUUGCUUUAAAAAAAUGUCCGACUAUUAUUAAAGACACUUUUGUAACAUUUUUAGAUUAAGCU